ACUGAAAAAAUAGUCAAUGACUGGGUCUUAAAUCUUCUUCCAUAUCUCAAUAGUGCUUCUACAUUCGAAACGAUAGCAGCAAACCCAUUCAGAGGGCGUAUUGUCCAUUAAGGACACAUCAUUAUAUCGGAGCCCUGACCUUGCCGGCUUUUAUGUUUAUGUCAUCAACUGCUUUUUUACACACACUCCACUAACACAAUAAGCCAGAGCAUGCUGGGACUAAAUAAGGUGAAAAAAAGGUAUAUUAAUACAUAAAAAUGGUUCAUAAAAGUUCAUGCUAAUCAAAAAAACAAUAGAGACAAUGUGAUAUUUAGGAUAAAUGCAACAUUCAGUCUAGUUAACAAUGAGAAAAAAAAGGCUGUGAAUAUCUUCAUCGGGCUGCACAUUCACCCACACUGCACAGUGAAUGUAAUCCUAUUAGAGAAGAUUUAGAGGAUAAGAUGUCUGUCAGCCCAGUAACUCUCUUCACAUAGCAGCAUUUCCUACCAACAGUGAAUGCGCGAGAGAAAAGAAGAAAUACUUUCCACAUUCCCAGUGACAAGAAGAUCUGCCAGCUUGGUAAAAGAACAUAGGGUGGCAAUCUGUUGAGGAUUUCCAGAAAAUGCCAGGCCAAUCAGGAUUCUCCAUUUCAAUGACAUCCCAUCUGCUCUGGACAGACCCAGUGACUUCAUUAAACCAUAAGGAAAUAAGCUUUACCAGUUUGAAGACCCAAAUAGGUUUGAAGGUCUGACAAAGUUUUACUUUUUUUCCCGGAAAACCUCCGUCUAAUGCAGAAUGAAGUUGUCUCUACUGUACACUUUGUUAUUCUGGGCCCAAAACUCCGUGGUUAAAUCCAAAGAUGUUGCUGAUGAGUCUAAAACCACAGACUCUGACAAAACUUCUCAGACCGACACACAUAAAGUGAGCAGUGCCUUAAUGCAGUGUGGUGAAUACAGCAAUGAAGUGAUGCCAAAUGGACAGUGUCGUUUAAUAGCCACAUUACCGCAGAUGGAGGAGCAGAGGUGUCCUGAUAUGUUUCGCUGUACGGAUGAGGUCUCGUACUGGCUGCGCGAGAAUGAGGAGCGAAAACAGCAGAUGCAGGACCUGAAGGAGACCAUCUCUGAGCUUCAAGAGGAGCUAAGAAACCACAGGCAUCGCAUCAAAGUUCUGGAGCUGCAGAGGGAGGAGAAGUUUGGAGUAAACUCGUCUUUAGAGAAUCGUUUCCACACUUUGCACCAGAUCUACGAAGAGGCCAACGCACUGCUGGACAUCCACGGUUCACUCAUCUACGACCUGCAAACACAAAUCCGCAACCUCACUAUGAUAGUAGAGCGCGUGAGACGCAAUCCUGGCUGUAUGAUCAAUAUCAUCCGCACAAGCCCUCUCCUCAGCUCCCAAGAUACCCUUCAUCCAGAGGUUCAGCACAUACGAAACUGCCCGAUUGACUGUGCAUCCCUGUAUUACAAUGGAGUUCACAGAUCUGGGAUUUUUACUGUUGUCCCCUCAUUGGGAUCGACUCCGGUAGAAGUUUAUUGUGAUAUGGAAACACAAGGAGGUGGAUGGACAGUGUUUCAACGUCGGCAGGACGGAAAGGUUAAUUUCAACCGUAAAUGGACAGAAUACAGGGAUGGUUUUGGAGAUCUGCAUGCAGAAUUCUGGCUGGGAAAUGACCACAUCCAUGACAUCUCCAGCCAGGGAGAGUAUUCGCUUCGCAUUGACCUUGAGGACUGGAAUUCCAAGCACAAACACGCACUCUACCAGAACUUCUGGAUUGAGAAUGAAGACAACCACUACCGUCUCCAUGUCUCAGGAUUCAGCGGUACGGUUGAGGACUCGUUUGGCUGGUAUCACGACAAGCAAAGCUUCAGCACUCCAGACACAGGAGACAUCUGUGCCGAGAUCUCUCACGGGGGCUGGUGGUACCAUCAGUGCUUCUUUGCCAACCUCAACGGAGUCUAUUACAAGGGGGGGCGUUACUCUGCCAAAGGGAAGAACCUGCUGGGGCCUGAUGGGAUUGUAUGGUACUCUUGGAAGGACUCGGAUUACUAUUCGCUGAAGAAAGUGAGCAUGAUGAUCCGGCCGCGCACAUACAGGCCUCGUCUCUCUCCAUAGCACCUGUGGAAGACCACACUGCAGAGACACCAGUAGGACCUGUUCAUUCUCAAUUACAUCAACUAUGGUUAAAGGGAAAGUCUCAACUGGUGUCUGACAAACUGAAGAAUUCGGUGUAUUGAAUUGUAUGUAAUACAUACACAUAUGAAACGCAUAAAAACAGUGUAAACAUGCAGUACAUUAAAAACAAACAAUGAAAAACAUCUCUAUAACUUUAAUUUUUAUUCAUUCAAUUCCAUAAUUGUAUUUAAGUACUGUUGUUAUUGAACUAUGAGCUGAUGACAGGAUUUUAAGCUAAAUAUAAAUGCUGAAAGUCUUGCUCAUUGUUAUUAAUUAAGCUAAUGUGAAAAAAUCAACUUCAAAAGGAUAUUCCACCCAUCAAUGAACAUUUACAUACUAUUUACUCACCCUUAAGUGUUUUCAAACCUGUAUCAGUUUCUUUCUUCUGUUAAACAGCAAAGAAGACAUUUUGAAGAAAGUUAAAAACCUGUAAUCAUAGACUUUAACUACAGGAAAACCAAAUACUAUGAAAGUCAAUGGUUACAGGCAGUGUUGGGGAUAACGCAUUACAAGUGAUGCGAGUUAUGUAAUAAUAUUACUUUUCUAACAAGUAAAGUAACACAUUAUUUUUUAAAGUAAGUAAUAAUAUUUGAGUUACUUUUUAGUUUAAUUAAUUUACUUUUAAAAAAUGUUCUCCCUGCAGCAACAAACAGAAACCAAACCAUACAUUUCUGCGCUGGAAGUAUUCUCAAUAUUCUUAAUGCAUGGGACAAAAGGGGAUUGUCUCAAUGCUUAUUUAACCUGACUAAUAAGACAAAAAGUACAAACUUUCAUUAAUCUGUAUAUACAGUAUGUAGAGCUCAGAAGAUAACAUUAUCCUAAAUUAUUUUGGCGGCUUGGGAAAACCAACAUGCUGUUAUACUACUAAAACUUCUUCUUCUUCUUCUUAGACUAUUUUAAGAACACAUCUCCUCCUAGACUGUUCAUACUACAACCACCAAACUAACUUUAUACUAUUCUGAAUUAAGUUGCCCUGUCUUUUCCAUAUUUUGUGCCAGACUGUCAUACAGACGUAAGUUUGGACUUAUUUAACUCAGACUACCAAUCUGCCAAUCACUAAUGACCUUUCAACUUACUAGCCACACCCUAGCAACCACUUACGGCACCCUAGCAACUGUCCUAUAGACUUCCAUUGUAAAAAAACUCCCAUUGACUAACAAAUACUAACAAAAAUAUACCAAUUAAUUCUAGCAACAUACUAAACCAUACUAACAAAUACUAAUCAUACUAGCAACAUGCUAAUUAAAAUUAAAUUCAUGCUAACAACAUCCUAAUUCAUGCUAGAAACAUGCUAGCAACAUGCUAAUUCAUAAUAGAACAUGCUAAUAUAUGUUAGCAACUGACUAACAACUACUCAGAACACCUUAGUAACACCUUUGCAACCACUCAGAACACCCUAGCAACACCUUUGCAAUCACUCAGAACACCCCAGCAACCACUUAGCAACAACUUAGCGCACACCUAGAACACCUUAUGAAUUGCCUAGAAACAUUUUAGCAACUACCUAGCAGCACCUUAACAACCACUCAGAUCACUCUCGCAAUGCUUAGCAACCAGCCAGCAACCUCACUAAACAUUCUAGCAACCCCAUAGCAAUGACCUAGAAUACCUUAGCAACCACCUAGCACACCUCAGCAACCACUCAGAACACUCUAGCAACCACAUAGCAACCGCCUAGCAACGCCUUAGCAACCGCCUAGCAACCAACUUGAACACCCUAGCAACCACCUAGCAACACCCCAGCACUGCCUAGCAACACCUUAGCAACCACCUAGCAAGGCCUAAGCAACUACCUAACAACUACUGAGAACACUCGAACCACCACCUACCGACACCCUAGCAACUGCCUUGCAAAACGUUAGCAACCACCAAGCAACACCUUAGCAACCACAUAAAACACCCUGGCAAUGCCUUAGCAACUACUCAGAACACCUUGGCAACCGCCUAGCAACACCUUAACAACUACCUGGAACACCCUAGUAACACCUCAGAACACCUUAGCAACCACCCUUACAACCAGUCAAAACACCGUAGUAAUGCCUUAGCAGCCGCCUAGCAACCACUAAGAACACCCUAGUAACCAUUCAGAACACCUUAACAACUACUCCGAACCCCCUAUCAACAGCCUAGCAAGAAACAUGCCAAUGCAUGCAUGCAUGUAGGUUUAACUGUUUCAAACUUCUUAAAACUACUUCUAUGAUUUAAACUUUUAAACUACUUCAAAUUUUCAGACUCUUUUCUCUCUUUUUACUUUUCUCGUUAUUUGAUGUGUUUUUUUAAAGGUCAAUGUUUAUACAGUGUUAAUUGCAGAGCUCCUCUAUUAAAAAAGGUAAGAAAAAGUAACACCAAAGUAACUCAAAAGAAGGCCCACACGGAAUCUGAGCACGCAGAACUCGGCAGAUUUUUUGCUCAUCAUUGAUUUAGUUUAUUUGCUUGUGUAAAUGUGUGUACAUUUAUAUUUAUUCCGUUUUUAUAUUAAUUUCAGUAAUAUUAUUGACUAAUAUUUAUAUGAUUUAUUUACAAUAUAGUUGUAGUAAGUCAUAUUUUCUGUCUUUUAAUAGAGAUAUUAUAUG